AUGUUCUACAGCUGGCUUCUUUGUACUUUCUUAUUAAAAGUAACAUGUACUAAAACAGCUGUGUGGAAAUUGGGUGCGAUUAUGAAUGAGGACAAAACAUCAAGUCGAGUCGAUAGUACAUGGCUAAAAAACUCACAUAAGGAUGUUUUCAGUGGUCUGAUAUGCGGUCUUCGGACUGGUGCUGGUAUGGAUUGUGGAGGAAUGAAUCCAGAGAGCGGUACGUGUCCGACUGGAUAUAAUUAUAAUGCGUGGCUUAUCAGUAAAACGGGCACAGGUGUCAUGAAGUUUUGCUCCAAGCAAGGUACAAAUUCUAAUAUAGGACCAGUUGGCGCCAUAUGUGGUCUGAAUGUGGGGGCUGGAGGCCAGAAAUGUGGCGAUCGCGAUACAUGGUCACAGGGCUGUCCAGAUGGAUAUGCCCGAUAUGAGUGGUUGGUGGACUGGGGUAGUGGCAGGAUGGCUUGGUGUUAUAAGGUACAACACGGCAUCGAAGAUCAGCCGGGAACAAUAUGUGGUAUGCAGACAAACGGUGGUGAUACAGGUCCUACAUGCAAUGGUUAUCAACCAGGGCGGGGCUCUUGUCCACAUGGUUAUUAUCUUGUAACAUGGCGUGUCAGCUUCGGAAACGGUUAUUGGUCAUUUUGCGUGAAAAACUAG